CGUGUGCUGUGGCAGUGGGAGCGCGCAGAGGAAGGGAGGGCAAUCUUGUCCGGACGCUAAUAAGACCCAAUGGCUGGCGCAAGGUGGCCAGGAGCGUUGAAACGCGACAGAAGACGGUGGACGAAAGAGAGAAGGAGGAAGAAAAAAAAAACCCACCCCAGUAGUCAACGGAGACGUUUCUGAAUGGACAAAGAGGAUGAGAGCGCCGCAGGAGCGUCCGUAGGAAUUGCAGGGAGUCAGGGAGCAGUCGGGCUUUAGGCGUGCGUCGCUUUGAGUGUGUGUAUGUGUGUGUGUGUUUGCGUGUGUGUGUGUGUUUGCGUGUGUGAGUGUUUCGUCAGGGGAAAACUGCCUGGAGAAAGAAGCGGUAAGUGAGCAGAAGCCCUUAGAGAGAGAGAGAAAAAAACAAAACACCUGCUGCUUCAAGACAGGUACCUCCGAAGGACGUUUGAAGAUGACUUUCAGUUCACAAGAGACUUAGAAGCAGCUGAUACUUGGAGAAACCUUUGGACAGAAACCUCACAGAGCUGUAGUGUCCUCUUAUUUCGAAUAGUUGAAACUCAAGAUUUCAGACAGUUAGAUUCUUCAUGGGCUGUAGCUUUUUCUCAGGUCAAUCAUCAGAACAGUAAACUUAAGAGUCAGAACAUCUGCCUUUGUACUUCUAAGCUCCUUUUCUGAUCAAAGAGUGAAUACAGUAAAAAGAAGUACCAGCAUUUUCCAACAUUUAGUAUGUUUUUGUGAUUUAAAAAAAAUAUCACUAAUACUCCAUGAUUUGGAAUGGACCGAGAUUUGAUCCUCAUUCACAUGCUAUCAAACACCUGGAACCGGGCUAUCACUGUAGGCACUGUGAGCCGCUGACUCCCGGGAGCCCCAACCCUCCCCAAUGAAGCAGUCUCGUUGGGCCCGCCUGGUGCAGCCCUGCCUGCUUGCUGCCUGGACCUGCAUAUGGCUGGUGCAGGGAUGCGGACCAGGCCCCGGGUACGGCAUCCGCCCCAGGCCCAGGAAACUCACAGCCAUGCACUACAAGCAGUUUUUCCCCAACUUCUCAGAAAACAACCUCGGGGCCAGCGGGAGAGCAGAGGGCAAGAUCACCCGCAACUCUGAGCGCUUCAACGAACUCGUGUGCAACUAUAACCCAGACAUUGUCUUCAAAGAUGAGGAGAACACCAAUGCGGACCGCUUCAUGACCAAGCGAUGCAAGGACUGUUUGAACAGGUUGGCUAUCGCAGUGAUGAACCAGUGGCCAGGUGUACACCUACGUGUGACAGAGGCCUGGGAUGAGGACGGUCACCAUCCUCCUGGCUCUCUCCACUACGAAGGCCGGGCCGUGGAUAUAACCACUGACGACAGAGAAACGGAGAAGUAUGGUCUCCUCGCCCAGCUGGCCGUGGAGGCUGGCUUUGACUGGGUCCACUACGAGUCCAAAUAUCAUAUCCACUGCUCGGUAAAAGCUGAUCACUCUGUUGCAGUGGAAAAAGGUGGAUGUUUCCCAGGCUGGGCCCGGGUGACUGUAGCUGGAGGGGGGCAGAAGAGCCUGUCAUUGCUGGCUCCUGGGGACAGAGUCAUGGCCCUGUCUGGGACAGGCCAAGUUGUGUUUAGCCAAGUCAUCUUGUUUCUGCACCGGGACCAAGAAAGCUGGUCUACUUUUCUGUCUCUGGAGACAGAAGACGGCCAUAGAUUGGCCCUCACUCCGCAUCACUUGGUCUUUUUAGCCCCCCAUUGCAGAUCCGACAGCAGCGAGUACCAGGCUCAGUUUGCAAGCAGAGCCAAAGCAGGAGACUGUGUUCUCAUCCAUGCAGCAGAGGGUCCCGUGCGUCCAUCUCGAAUCAUCUCAGUCUCGGUAGAAGAGAGUAUGGGAGUGUACGCGCCCUUGACAGAAACAGGAACUUUGUUUGUUGAUGGAGUGCUUGCAUCCAGCUAUGCACUGGUGGAGCACCACAGACUCGCACACUGGGCAUUUUUACCUCUGCGACUCCUGUCCUCUUUCAACCAGCUGCUCUGGGGGGAAGCAACAAAAGAACAGCAGAUGACUGAUGGUCAAACAGCUUGCACUAAGACUCCAUUUUAUUGUAGCACUUUGGCCACACAGGACAAAACAGGUAUAUAUGUGAAUAAUGGUAUUCUGAACAAACAAAACAAUAUGAGUGAACCUCUGAGAAUGGAAAUUAAAGAGAGGUGCUCCUCGCACAGUAAGACAUCGGAUGUGCACUGGUAUGCUAGACUACUGUACAGUUUUGGAUGUGUCUUUUUAGACUCCAACUCAUUUCAUCCUUAAAAGCCUACAAUUAUAGACUUAAUACAUGUCACACUGCAAUUUUGAUACAUUUACACUAACACUUCCUGUUCUUUUCUUCAAUAAAUUAAAAGCAUUGGAAUGGCUUGCUUGUUGUUUGUAUUAUAAUCUAUCAUAAUGAUAUAUAUGCUAAUACAUAUGUAUAGAUACAGACUAUCUGAGAAGGAUGAUGUAAAAAUGGUAAUACCAAAAUGACUGUAUCAUAGUCUAUUUGUACAUCAAGUUAUUUCUUUUUAAUUAUUUCAGUUAUAUAUGUAAAAUAUAUAUAUAUAUAUUAUUCUAAGGGGAUUGGAAUGAAUUUUCCCACAACAAUAGAAUCUUUAUUUUUGUACUUUCUGAAUCAUAAUAUAUAAAUCUUUCAUUUUAUCAUAAUUCCACUACACGUACUGUAUGUCCUCACGUGUUUUCAUGUCAUAAAACAAAUUAAAAUGUCAUUUUAUUAAGCAA